AUGUCUUCAAUGAAAGAACUGGGCUCGAUUCUGGCCAUUGUGACGGCGAAAGAAGCAUGCAUCGUGACGUAAGGCUCAUUUUUCUUGUAACUUGAUUCUCAAAAGACCACUACAAACAUAGGCGAAUCGGGAAAUGGUAUCGCGAUACCUCUGAGGUAUAUCGAAGGCUCUGAAGUCUCACGAUGGUACCUCGAGUAUACCUCUGAGGACUUUGAACAAAAUGAGAUAGACUUGAGGGAGAUUCUAAAGUGCCUUCGAGAUGGCUCAGAUAUAGCUGAAGGGUAUGCUGGAGAUCUCACGAUGGACACAUGAGGUCUUCGCGAUCCAUUUGAGAGGUAUCUUUGUGAAUACAUUAUGGUACCCUCCUGAUUCGCCUGUGAAUAGCUAGCUAAAGCUUGGGAUCCCGGGAAGGUAAGAUUCAGCUCCCUUUUGUAAUUUUUUAGGCAACUAACUUUACAAACAUCGGUUUACAUUUUCAAUGACUUGAUGUUCAAUACCGACUGGCUUCUCGUAUCGUUCAAAAUAGGACGCAUGACUUUGUUUCACAACCAAAAUAGAAGCAUAAACCCACCGGAGCACAAAGUUAUGAAGUGGAGUUUCAAUUUCAGCUGCAAAUUCGGCAAAGUUGUUGUCUACUACAACGAGCUCGGCUUGAACUUCAACACUUUCAACAUUGACGACAUUGUGGAAGUUACGGCGAGAGAGUGUGAGCCACAGCAAAUAGGCCGAAACACUGCUCCUGUAAAGUACAAAGCUACCAAGGUGUAUAAAAAGCGCGGAAGCUCAAAACACCCAUAGCUCAGAUCACGUUCGUGCGGAAACCACGCGUCUUAUACGGAACUGGCCGCGUCAUUAUGGUAGACGAGAACGGGCAAUUCGGCUAUACCGACUUGUCUCUCACCGAAAGCGUCACGAAGAAUGUUCGUUUCGUAAUCAUCCUCAGAAACGAAAAGAGGAUAGGAGUUUAUAUGUUUUAGGUCUCGUGAAAAGGCACAUUUCUCGAAAGAGGAGUAACAUAGGCGAAUCUAGAAAGGGUAUCGCGAGACCCUCUGAGGUAUAUCGCAGGCUCUGAAGUCUCACGAUGGUACCUCGAAGAUACCUCUGAGAAUUUUGAGAAAAGUGAGAGGGGCUUGAGAAAGACUGAAGUACAUCCGAGAUGGCUCAGAUAUAGCUAAAAGGUAUGCCGGAAGUCUCACGAUGGACAUAUUAUGGGGUCUUGACGAUCCAUUUUGAGAGGUACCUUUGUGGACACAUUACGGUACCUUCUCGAUUCGCCUGUGAACGUUUCAUGGGUACCUUUUAUGCUCCGUCAACUCUUUGAAAAAAAAUUGUAGAAGCUUUUUUCUAUGUAGUUUCAUCGCUUCUUUCACAGGACGCCAAAUCGGAAGUUUACUUUGUCCUGGAGAACUUGCGUCCUCGCUGCGAAAGUUUGAACAAGGUUUUAUUCGAAUUCACUUUUUGGAAAUUUUUUUUGAGGUCUUCAAAACACGCGAUACGAUAAAUUUCGUAGCUAUAGAACAAGCUCCGAAUAAAAGAAAUGUUUGCUGGAAAACAGUAGCUGUCGCGCAGCCUGGGUUUUUGAUCGAGGUCAAGGUUAUCGCAAGAGUUCAACACACUAAUUUCUUUUAAGGAAUUUUCGAACAAAGGGAAAACCGAGUACACGGCUGUCAAAAUGGGACCAGGAAGAAAUGUUCACGAAGCACCAGCGAGACCGGUAUUUCAUCUUCCAUUUUUGUUUCAUUGCCCAAGAUCUCGAAAUUCUUCAAAAUCUUGGAAACUAGCAUAACAGUCAGAAAAAUAACCGCGACAGAGUUCUUGAGUUCGGUAAAAGCACGCACCCAGACUAAUUGGCCCGCGGUCAUUCUAUCAUAAUCUAUGAUUGAGACUGCAAAAUAACGACUUAAAAAAAGAAAUUUUUUUACACGUUUUUUUACUUGAUUUCCGAACCUAUACAUUUUUGAAAAAAAUUCUAAACACAAGAAUUUGGAUUAAUAUAAAAAAACUGAUAAAAAAACUCAACAUGGUUUUUUACACUUAGCUCCCCCACCCUCAAAAAAAUCCAACCCGAGGCAAAUCUUUUGAAAAAAAAAAUUUUCUGGGAAUAAAUAUAAAAAAGGUUUUGAGGUUGCUAAUUCGUCGAAUACGAGAGCAGAACUGCCACAAAAACCAACGGAAAGGUUUCGAAAACAAAUCGAAAAGACACAGAAAUCCGCGGGAAGCUCUCUCCUGUCCUCCGAAAACUUCAUGCUUCUCAAGGCAGAGUGUCAGCAACGCUUCGAAAGCUUCGGUAGGAAGAUUACAGCCAUCGAAAAGUUGCUUCUUUUCAGUGACACGCGCCAAGGCCUCCAAUCCCAAUGUUUACGGCAAAGACGAGUACAUCGGCGCUUUGCAAAUCAAUUUUUUGGCCUCCAUGAUCCAGUGUUGA